GCUUAGUGUCGAAGACACUCCAUCCUCUGUUUGCAAGCUGCUCAGAGCAUGGUCAUCAUUUUUUUUCUUCGUGGUCAAGACUGGCACGAAUGACUACAAGGCACUUGCCUUGAAGAAUAAACGCUAAUCACGUGUCAUAGAUUUACCCGAGCCCCUAUCAAGCAAUACUUCAACAACCAUCAACAUGUGUGUCAAGGAGUUCUUAGGCUACAACUGUGGCCAUUGCUCUAUCCCUUAUCUCAGACAAUGUCCUUUGACGGAGUCUAACGAAAUGUAUCCUCCAUGCAAGUUCCCUGCUGAGCGACCAAUUUUUACCAAUGAAAAUUGCCACGCUUGUGCACGUGUUCUAUGGAAUAAGAAGGUAUUGGACGAGGAAGCCAAGCACCGAGAGCUCCACGAGAACGGCUUGUGUCAAUGUGAGGUCAUCUUUGACUCUGAGGAGCGUGGCCGUCGCAUGAGACCUCGUGGAGCAAAGGGCAAGGGAAAGCUCAGAGAGCUAGUUGGUGGAAACACUCAUGGCCACGAUUAUGAUAUCUCUUCUACCGGUGAGGGCAGCGGCACUGGCUACCAAGGCCGAUACCGUGGUGGAGAUAGAUCCGUCAAGCAAGACAACAAGCAUGCGAUCGGGGGUGAGUCAAGCCGGCAAGAUCAAGCAUGGGAGGCUAAGUUGGCAGCAUACGAGUACGUUGGCUACUUCACUGGAAUUGACAGCCAAGGAGGCGCACUGGCGCAUGUGGAGCAAGGCUACGGCUUUCCUGAAGGAGGAUAUGUGCGCAAGGAACAGCUGUGGGAGGGACAACUUCUGAUGGGACAACCUGGAUCAGGCAUGAAGUGGUAUCCGGAGCAAGGACCACCGACCCUACCAACACUGCCGGCUCUACCACCUCUUCCUUCCUCAAUGCCAUUCGCUGGCAGAGCACCAAGAACCUGGCAGAGAGCAUCUUCUGAACCAACUGAGGGCAACUAUCGGGCUUCUCCACGAGUUGUCUUGGCGGAGCUGGCAGAAAUGAGCGAACCAACAGAGAAUCCUGUGGCAGAGCAAGCAGCAGAGGAAUUUUCAGGUCCUGUUGUUGUUAGCAGUGAGAUGGCAAAUUCUGCGACGAAGUAA